CAGACGUMGUCUCGUCACUUUCACUAUAACAAUUUUUUCUSAAAUAAUUAAAAAAUGAUACCAUCAAGAGGUCCCACGAUAAUUACAGUGCGUCCGAAUACCAAAUCCGGGGGAAUAAAUUGUUGCUGUUGCAAUUGUUGCACUUGUUUGAAUUUACAAUUUUUAAGGAGUGAACCAGGAGUGUUAAAAAUUCUCGAAUUGUUUUUGGGUUCUUUUUGCCAAAGUUUGGCCCUUAAUUACGGGCUAGAUUACUCAGGAACAAUGGGUCCGUCUUAUCAGUCGUUUUUAACAGCAGUUGCUUGGUGUAUUAUGACCACAAGCCUUCUUUUAUUUUGUUAUGUCGUUUCAGAAAAAUCGUGCAAUUUAGUCAGACAAUCAUUAUUCGAAACGGUAUUUAAUUCCAUGGCAUGUUUCAGUUACCUCUCAGCUUGCUCAUAUCUAGGUUACAUCGUUAACAUGUUUUUAAAACCAAUGUAURUGGUCACACCAUAUUUCCAAGUCUACCCUGCCAUGAGUGCCGCCUAUAUGGUUGGUGGUUUGGUUGGUGCUAUCCAUGGCUAUGAUGCUUACAAAUGUUACAAGUACUACAAAGGAUACAGAUAAGGAAAAAAUGUAACAAUAAUAACAAAGUAAAUCAAAAGMGAUUAAAGUAGUCUAGAGGUUGUUUUUGUUAACCGGAAYAUCUUAGAAUUGUAUUUUUGGAAUGAUUACAACUGUAAACAAUUAUUUCAUAAUUUUAUCGCUCUAAUAUUAAUAUUCUAACUUUGUUAAAAUUGUGUAAAUAAUAGGUAAUGUAUUAAAAAAUUACAUCGUUCAAAGUAUGUAAUAUGUAUACAGUGUUCUCCGGAUAGAUGGAACGAUUCUUGUAAAAGAUAAACAAUUGCGAUUUAAAUUUUUAUUUUUUGGGGUUCGGCCCUGCUUAAUUAAUCUCUAACAUAAUUUUAGUUUCGAAAAAUCAAGUAUGCCUUGGCAAUUAAACAAAGAUAUAUUUUUCUGUAAAGUGCCUUUUAUGUAGCAAAUACGACAAACAGUUAUUAAGAAAAGUUGUUUAG